CUCGAUCUUGACCUCCUCCGCUACUCUCUGUUGGAAUCGUUGUACUUUGGAUCAUUGAACUCCGGCCCCAUCAGCACAGCUUCUGGAGACUAUAUUUUCAUUAUGAAUAGGCCAGGCCCGGGCCCACAGCCUCUCCGGGGCAUGUCCGGAUUCCCCGCACAGCAACAAGUACAAGCUCGAAAUGCGACACUAGCAUCUGCACGUUUGCCAAACGGAAAACUUGGCACUGGAGCAAAUUGGAACUUUAACUUGCCCGUGAGCGGAACACCAGGAAUCCAGAGCAACCAACAGCGUGCGAUGGCCAAUAUGGGGACUUUUGCUCAGAGUCUCAGCGGUUCGCAGCCUGCUACUCCUCUUGAUCUGUCUGACUUUCCCUCGCUAUCCGGGGCGCCUCCGCAAUCUCAAGCUCAAAAUCCAGGGCACUUGGUAUGGGCGAAUGCCAGUCAACGAGCCAUGCAACAGACACCUGUCCAGAGGCAGCAGCACCCCGCUUCUCAAGCCCCGUCACGAGCACCUCAAACACAAACCCAUCACCCGCAACAGCAAUCACAAACCCCCCACGACGAUGUAUUUCCCUCCGGAGCCCAGUUUGCGAAUCGGUUGGAUGAUUUCAGAAAUGGCGGACAAGGCAUCAGCGGUCAGCUGGGAGCGGGCGCUCAGCCCCAGACAGGCAACAUCGAGGAGUUCCCACCGCUGGGGCGGAACGUGCCUGCCGAGUUGGGCCAGGAUCGCCGGGGAUCCUUGAUGCAGAAUGCAGGAUUCGGCAAUUAUGCUUCGGGCAUGUCUUUUGCUGGCGCAAACCAGGCCCAAACGGCACAAAAUCGCAGCAUCAUCUCGUCGGUAAACGGGCCAGAACGGAUGAUGUCGCCGGCCACGCCGGGUGCAGCAGGAAUUGGAACUUCUCGAUCACCUGUGAAUCAGGCAGUCAAUGGGGUACCAGGACAAGAAAAAGAGGAAUCUAGCAGCGCCAUCCUGUCGAGCCAGCGUGCCCUCGCGGAACAGCAAUCGUUACAAUUCCCGACUCAAGGGCAGGAGUCAUCCGAAGCUGCGCAAAGUGCCGAACAGCCACCGCUAGCCGAGAUGAGCGAACUUGACAAAUUUGGACUCGCAGGACUUCUUCGCAUGAUCCACAGUGACAGCCCCGAUGUUGCUAGCCUUGCAGUUGGUCAAGAUCUGAUGACAUUGGGUCUAGACUUGAAUCAGCCGGAGCCUUUGCAUACAUCGUUCGCUUCGCCGUUCGUUGCUUCUAUGACGGGCGUGCCACUGGAGCAAGAUUUCGCCUUGCCUUCGUGCUACAAUGUUGCCAACAUCCAGCCCCUUCAGUCGCGCAUCCCUAGCUUCAGCGACGAAACGUUAUUCUUCAUUUUCUACAGCAUGCCCCGUGAUAUCAUGCAGGAGGUGGUUGCGGAAGAAUUGAUGGGUCGCAAGUGGAGAUACCACAAGAUUGAGAGAUGCUGGCUUACUCGUGAUGAAACGUAUCCUGGACCCGUUGAUGUCGACAGAGGUGUUAGUGAACGGGGUGUCUAUCUCCUCUGGGAUCCCGCCAGCUGGAAGAAGAUUCGGCGCGAGUUCAUUCUCCGAUACGAAGACCUGGACAACCGGAUGGACCCGCAGCGUAAUCUGGCACGCAUGGGAGUUCCACCUCCGGGGUCAUGAAUUAUCUGAGAGGAGCACAAGUGAUGGGAUCAGCACCGGCGUUGGGUUCUCUGCCAGUUUCCUAUGGUUUUUCAGGUGUGGUCUGCUACCGUGCACCAAGGUGUUUCUCAACUUUAGGGGUCGCUAUGGGAUCGUAGGAUACUAUCGAAAUCAAAUGACUUGUAUGAUC